AUGUCUCUCACUAAACCAAAGUCCCUCCCUACCCAAGGAGUCAGUGUUUUUCCCGGGUCAUCUCCAGCUUCAGUAGUCUUUCGAGAUACCUUUUAUCUCUUUUAUGCUGGGUCAGGCUUUGAUGGCGUUUGGGUCACGAGUACCACCGAGAGCAUUGGAAAGACGUGGCAACCCAUUCAAAACCUUAAUACACUCGGGGCAAAAACCCUCGGUAUCGCUCAAGGGACAUCUCCAGCUGUAGUUGAAUAUAAGGAUGCUUUGUAUCUGUUCUUCAACGGAAGCGGACGGGAAGGUAUUUACGUUACCAAAUUCAACGGACAAACCUGGACACAAGUUGCAAAGGUCGAAAUCGCAAAUACAAAAUUGAACGAAAAUUCUUCGCCUUGCGUAGCUGUUUUCGAAGGCCUCCUUUACCUCUUCUAUACUUCAAAUUCGGGCAUUUUCUGGACUUCAUUCGAUGGCAACGCUUGGAAAACCAGUUGGACUCAGCUGCGGGGUGUUUUCGUCGCUCCUGGCACCAGCCCCAGCGCCGCUGUGUUUAACGAUAAGUUGUACCUCUUCUUCAACGGUAUCGCAAAUGAUGGAACUUGGUACUCAACAUGCUUUGGAGGAAAGUUUGCAGUCCAGCCAAUUCCAAUGAUGGGCACGAACGGAGGCAUGACCUUCCGACCUGGAACAAACCCUGAUGCGGCAGUGUUAAACGGCGGCUAUCUCUUCCGAUUGUUCUGGGUUGAUGAUGCCACCCAAACAGUUUUCUACUCUGACUCCGUCGAUGGCGGUAAUUGGAAGCCACAGAAGAAGCUGAGCUGUGACGGAGAAGCACCAAUUCCGGGUAAGAACACAGGUGUUGACAUGUGCUUGUUCAAAGAGAGGCCUUAUAUGUUUUGGACAUCAGUCUCAGGAGGAAUUAGCGUUUCUCAGGGAUUUGUAUGGGAUAUCUAG